ACUUGGGUGGCCCUCAUUGUAGCUUUCUGUAGCGCUUUGAUGUCUUGUCACGCAUUGGCGGGGCUGGAAGGUGGCCGUUCAGCCGUACUUGCCUGCAUGGAUCAGCAAGGGAAUAAGACGUUCCUGUCGAGUGUCGAAGGAACGGGCUUUCGUCUCACCACUUCUGUCUGGCUUGGUUCACGCAAGAGGGGCGAUUCUGUCUCCGCCUUGGUGGAUACAGGUGCAGAUAAUAGUUAUAUGUCAUUUUCCCUGUAUCGCACUCUGCGUCAAUUUGGGAUUGUUGACGAUCUGCAGCCGACAUGGAGAAGGCCUUACAGUGAAGGAGGUCUUCCCUUGAAGGCCAAAGGCAAAGUGCGAUUAACGCUUGCUCACCCAGAGUCAAUGGCUGGAGUGACACCGAUUUAUUUCGAUGUGACAGUGGUAGAGAACAUGACCACGGACUUGAUCCUUGGUGGUGAUUUUCUUCACUAUCACUGUCGAAAUAUAGACAUACAGAAUAUGAAGCUGUAUUUGUCUCGCUGGUCGCCGAUGUGUCUCUUCCAUGCUCGGGCUGUGUCUCCCGACAUGCGAGGGUCAGCGGCCAGCCGUCUGACAAAGGACCUCUCGAGGAGAGGCCUGGACAGACACUCACCUGCGACUUCGAUUGUCUCUUCGAUUGAGGGACAGAAAUCGAAGAAAGCUCAAAGAAAACCCAAGGUUCGUCUGCAAGGCGGAAUGCCGGUGGCUCGCGCGUCAGCCAGUCACUCCAUUCCUGCCUGGACGAUGGCGGUUGUUGAAGCUGAGCUGCCCGACUCAGAUUUGUCUGAGGGGACAGAAGGCCUCAUCGAACCGCUGAGGUGCUGUCCUUUUCAACAACGGCUUUGUGUUGCAAAUGCACUGGUGACAGUGCGAACCGCUCACCUGACCGUCAAGAACACAGACAGAAAGAGAAAAGCUACGGUGGUGUACGUGCCAGUAGCUAAUUUCUCUCCCAGACCUGUCAAAAUUCAGAUCGGUACUGAGAUUGGCAAAUUCGUGCCAAUGCAGCUGAUCAAACACGAGAACGUGAUGCCUGUCAUGGAUAAGGCCACGUAUCGUGUACGAGACAAAUCUUUGCUGGAAGGCUUGGAUUUGCCGUCAUUUGCCACUGUCGAAGAGGAUUCCUCACUUGGCAAAGACGAGAAGGGCCGAGACAUUGCUGAGGUCUUGUAUACAAACUGUCCGUUCGUCAAGCCUGAGACAGAUGAGAUAGCUGCUGUCGCUACUCACCUCUCGAAGGCCGAUGCGGUGGAAACUCAUGUGAUCGAUCCCGAUUGCUGUGUUUCCGCUGUGGCUUCGUUUCCAUCCAAAGGAGACGUGGAUGAGGAUGAGUUGCCCGACGCCCAGCGCGUCGUCUCGCCCGAUCAUCCACUUGCUCCCGAUCCAUCUGACGAUGAUCCCAUCAUCGAAGAUGAAACGGAAGAGCAGAAUGAGCCAGUGCAAGGCUCCCACGACGACCCAGUAAUUCAGGAAAAUCCUGAUUUGAGUCGAUCGAGGGACGGCACUUGGUUGCAUUCAUCGCCUGACCCGAAAGAGACAGAUGAGCCACCAGUGCAAGAAUUUGCGCGAAGGGAAGACUCACCGAAUUUCUCUCGAGUCGGCGCCAGGCAAUACGUGAAAGAGGACUUGUCGCAUGUCGACAAGAUCAACUUCCUUGUGUAUCCUGAGGAUAAACAUGGGCAAACUCAAACACAGAAAGCUAUCAUUCAUAGCUUGGCUUGUGAGUUUGAGGAUUGCUUCUCGAGCGAAAAGAUUCC